AUGAACGUUAAUCCGUUCCGCAAGACAUACGAUAUUCCUACAUCCGUAUACCUUAUUCUCCGUUGCCGAUUUGACUCAAUAUCGAUGUCUACUAUAACUACAGCCUCUGGUACGGCUUCGCGCACCAAUCUUGGACCGCUCACAACUACAUUCACCUACCCCGCAAGCUGUACCGUCGUUGUCCAAGAGUGUGAUGCCUGCACAAAUGGCUGGCAAGCUCAGACAUGCUCCGAUAACAGCUUCAACGCUCAAGGCGUCCAGGACGAUGCCGAAUGCUGGCCUCCACGCAAAGGCUCACAAUCAACUGGUGUCGCACUAAAUGGCUGGGGAUUUUAUUCGCCUGGUAUUGAAUGUCCAGCCGGGUACACUACGAAAUGCGUUUCAACAGAUGAUGUCGAUGGAGGAUUCACUUUUCAGUUCCCACUAGCGAAGAAAUCGUUCAGUGGAUUCCAGUGCAAAUAUACUUCAGGCGUUGAUAAGGCUCAAACAUGCUUUAGCAUCGCCACCACUGGUUCUUUCGCUGCUGUUCAAUGCUCAUCAGGCAAGAGCAACGGCUUUGGAUACCUCGACAUUCCCAACACAGUCGCAGAAACAAACUCAGGGUCUGAAGAAGCUGUCACCGUUUCAAGUUUCACCGUUUACGCACCGCUCUUCCAACUACACUUUAAGUCUUCGGACCUACCAUCGACAAAGACAGGUUCCAUCACUAUCGAUUCUAUCACAACGUCUUCAUCGGGUUCAUCGUCUUCCGCUGAGCCGACGCAAGCAUCCUCUUCAGGCGGAGGACUUUCGACAGGCGCAAAGGCGGGUAUUGGUGUCGGCGCUGGCUUAGGUUUCAUUGCACUCAUCGGCGUUGCUCUAUUCUUCAUGCGUCGGAGGAAACGCCAUACUGCGGCACCCGCACUUACAGAGGUGCCCAAAUCGGAGCUCACAGCAGGACAGAACCAACAUGCAGCGGAGCUACACGCUCAGUCAACACCCCAAGAGCUACCGGGAGACUCUGUUCCUAGAUACAAGUAG